GAUAAAUUUAUGGAUAGUACAUUGAAUACUGAAGGAUCUGUAUGCCAACAAGAUGCCAAGCCUUCCGGAUGCUUUGUUAAUAUUAAAGUUCGAGAUGCGAAAAGAGAAGAGCAGAUAUAUGUUCAGGAUCUUUUGAACUCACAAUCACCUCCGGCCACUGAAGGAAUUACUCUAAACUACGCUCAGCUUAAAAAGAGUAUUCGUAAAAGGACUUCUCGAGUCAGAAAGAUGUCUAGAAAGAAAUCUAAAAGUACUCUGAAUGGUGGAAUUAGCAUUAACAAGACGAUUCUACCAGCCGAGCAUUCAAAGACUCCUAAUACAAACAGGAGCAGAUUUGUUAUCCGAAAGAAUAAAAUUCCUAUCCAGAAUUAUUUUCAUAAAUAACAAUGCUGUUGAUAGGAAUAUUAAAAGGCUGAAGAUCAAUAAUGGGAUUCGGAAGUUGUUGCAGUCUGGCAACCUGAAAGCUGAGAAGAAGGGGUCUAUGACCAGAAGUCUCAAAUUAAAUAAACCAAUUGCCCGUAGGAGACGUUUUCUCCCUCCAAGGACGACCAAGGGAGUUUUGAGAAUAUACAAGUCUAAAUCUGCUGAUAAGACAGGCAAAGUCAUGGUCAUGAAAGGUGAAUCACUAAACUUCAAUUUUGGGGAGGAAGAUAAGGACAUGCUCAAAGAUACUCUUUUUCACAAUAACGACUUGAAAGAAAGCGAUUCGAAGGUUAUCAUGAGCCGGUACAUUCAAGAUUCUGAAGAAAGCCCAACUACAGCUCAGAUUCUAAUGAAAUAUUAUGAUAGUAAAAUGUAUGCUUAUAUGGAAGCAAAUAAAUUUGAAAAACCUCGUCGUUCAGGCAUAUUUUCCAAAAUCAAUAAGUCUGAUAUUAAAGGCCGUGCCAGAAGCUCAAAUAUGAGAUUUAAAGUACAAAAGUCUUAAGAAACUAAUCCAGUUGAGCCCAGUGAUUUUCAUAUUUAUUCUUUAUCAAUUAA